AUGGCUUCGAUCGCUGCAGCCGCGGCUGGUGGCCUAGCAGCCGCUUCCUACAUCAAUGCAAAGUACCAAAUUAGCCGUGAACUGGAGUCACAGAGGAGGCUGAAAAGAGCUGAGCGCAGUUACGCCAAAGCAGUCAAAGAAGAUCGAUUGUCGCCCUGGUACAUACUGGCCGACGUAUGCAAGAAACACCCCAACAAACGAGCUGUCUGGUCACGAGCAGGAAGCUGCACAUUUCAGGAAUUCCAUGAUCAGACCGUGCAGUAUGCACAAUGGCUGCUCGAGCAAGGCGUACGGCCUGGCGAUUUGGUUGCGAUGUAUCUGCUGAACAGUGCGGACUUCCUUAUGAUCAUGUUUGCGACACUUUGCAUAGGAGCCGGUCCUGCCUUUAUAAACUACAACCUCGAAGGCAAGGCGUUAAUGCAUUGUCUUGCUGUUUGCGAAACCAAAAUACUGAUCGCUGACUCCGACGACGGCUGUCAGAAGAGGUUGAACGGGAGUCGAGGCGAAAUUGAGUCUACAGGCACUAGGAUAGUAACGCUGGACGACCCAUUGAAGCAGAAAAUCAAGUCAGGGCCGGUGGUUGUGCCUGAAGACAAAUAUCGGAACGGCAUGAAAGGCGACCAUCCUUAUUGUCUCAUCUAUACAAGUGGAACGACGGGACUGCCAAAAGGGUGUCCAUUUCUUGUUGCUAGAACGCACCUGCUAGGAUCUCAUCUCGAACCAUCCUUCGGCGCAGAACCUGGAAAGGACUGCUGGUAUAGCCCGAUGCCUUUGUAUCACGGCACAGGCGUUAUCACUAGCUCCAUUGCUCUCUUGGGAGGCAUUGGGAUUGCUGUCACUCCACGGUUCUCGGUGAGCAACUUCUGGCCUGAUGUACACGAUUCCGGUUCCACAAUGUUUAUCUACGUUGGUGAGACCGCCCGAUACCUUCUCAAUGCACCACCUCAUCCCCUCGAGCGGAAGCACAAGAUUCGAUUAGCAUAUGGAAAUGGGUUGCGACCCGAUGUAUGGAAAAGGUUCCAGGACCGCUUCAACAUACCCGAAAUUGGCGAGUUCUUCAACUCAAGCGAGGGAAUGUUCUCAUUAGUUGUUUGGGACAGAGGUCCCUACUUACAAGGUUGCGUCGGGCAUCAUGGUCUGCUAUACCGAAUGCUGUACCGCAAUAUCUACAUACCUGUCCUAAUCGACCACGAAACAGGCGACAUCUGGCGAGAUCCAAAAACAGGGUUUGCGAAGCGCAUGCCUUACGAGGAGGGAGGCGAGAUUCUCGUGGCAGUACCUAACAAGCAAGCUUUCGGAGGAUAUUGGCGCAAUCCCUCGGCGACAGAAAAGCGCUUUGCCACGAACGUUUUCAAAGAAGGAGAUCUAUACUACCGAUGCGGCGACGCCCUUCGAAGAAGCCCUGAUGGCCACUGGUACUUCAUGGACAGACUAGGCGAUACGUUCCGCUGGAAGUCAGAAAACGUGUCUACCGCCGAGGUUGCAGAGACAUUGGGCCGUUACCCCGGUGUUUCCGAAGCCAACGUCUACGGCGUUGUGGUACCGAGUCACGAAGGCCGUGCUGGUUGUGCUGCCAUACAUAUUGACCCGGCGCAUAGCUCUUCUCUGGACCACCGAGCUUUGCUGAAAUAUGCUAAAGAUCAAUUGCCUAGAUACGCAGUACCCUUAUUCUUGAGGGUAGUGAAGACGAGUUCGCACAUUCAUAACCACAAGCAGAACAAGGUUCCAUUGAGGAAAGAGGGCGUCGACCCCAAUCUAAUCGGCACAGAGGAAAAGAGUGGUGCGGAUGAUAUUAUCUUAUGGUUGAAGCCUGGCGAAACCAACACAUAUGUGCCGUUCGAGAGACAAGACUGGGACAAGUUGGUGAGGGGCGAAGUCAGGUUGUGA